UGUGUACAUUGUACACUGUACUGGCGCAGCAUAGCACGGCAUUCACAUUCAGUUCAUCAUUGGUCAACAAUAGUCGCACAAAUAAACCGUGCCGUCUUUAGCGAUUGCGCUUUAUCUCUCUAUUUGUCAACACUGCAGAUCAUGUAAACACCCCAAGGCCAACGUCCAACGACAAAAAUGGCACAAAAGAAAAGCUUGAAGCAGAUAAGAAAAGAGUCCACUCGCGUUCCAGUUAAACACGAUGAGGACGACGCGGACUGCGACAUCGCUCCACACAUGGCGGACGACGAGCGUGAAAUCACGGGUGAUGACACCGGGGAAAGCGCGCCCGCUCAGUCAGCGGUGACGGUGAAAAACAGGAGACCAUACCGCCGGAUCUGAAAUACUCCCCACGCACACAUCCACUUAGGAAGGCUAAUUUCGUCUCGAAAAUAUUUUUUUGCUGGAUGUAUGGGUUCUUUCGCGUCGGCUACAAAAGACCACUGGUUGAAGAUGACUUGUAUGACAUACUGCCGGAGGAUUCUACCAAUGUUCUGGUUGAGAAACUGCAAAGUGAGUGGGAUAAACAGAUCGACAAAAGCAAGAAAACUGGCAAACCACCGUCGUUACGUCGGGCCCUGCUGCGAACGUUUGGAUGGGGCUACAUGCUUUUGGGCAUCCCUGCUUUCUUAGAGGAGUCCGUCUUCAAAGUGGUUCAGCCCCUGAUGCUGAGCCAGCUGGUCCUGUACUUCUCCACGGACCUUGUGUCGAUCCGCGAUGCCUACCUCUACGCGGCAGGGAUCACGGUCUGCUCCUUGCUGACCGUCAUGUGCCACCAUGUCACCUUCUUUGGCGUGGCGCGCUACGGCAUGAGAGUCAGGGUGGCCUGCUCGGGCCUCAUCUACAGAAAGGCAUUGAGGCUCAGCAACCUCGCUCUUGGAGAAACGACAGUCGGACAGCUGGUUAACAUUCUAUCCAACGACGUCAACAGAUUUGACUUGGCCUUCAUGUUCUUGCAUUAUCUCUGGAUAGCCCCUAUCCAGCUAAUCUUAGUGACGGCUCUGAUCUGGCGUGAGAUCGGCGUGUCCUGCUUAGCAGGCAUGCCCAUCUUGAUCCUGCUGGCUCCACUGCAGGGCUACAUGGGUAAACUCUUCUCCAGAUUCAGAUCCAAAACGGCCUUGCUGUCGGAUGCCCGGAUCCGCAUCAUGAAUGAAGUUAUAUCCGGAAUGCGCGUCAUCAAGAUCUACGCCUGGGAAAAGUCCUUUGCCAAGUUAGUCUCGGAAGCCAGAAGAAAGGAAAUCCGCAAGAUCAUGCAUGCUGCCUACCUGCGUUCCUUCACCCUCGCCUUUUUCUUCGUGGCGCCUCUUCUCAUCACCUUUUGUACCUUCGUGGUCUACGCCGCUCUGGGCAACCCCGUGAUCCCGUCCAAGGUGUACGCCGUCAUUCCGCUGUUCUACACGGCCAGGCUCUGCUCUGCGCUCUUUGUGCCGUACGCCAUCAUGAACGGCACCGAAGGCCUGGUGUCCAUCCGCAGAAUCAAGAAUUUCCUUCUGAUGGACGAGCUAAACGUUGAAGCCUCCCAGCCCAGCGAUGCCGCUGCCCCCAGCGUGGCAUACAGAGGCACCAAUGCAGUCUACCUCAACGAGGUCCAAGUCACGACAGCAGAUGAAACCUCUUCGCCGAGCAGCGAUGCUGAUCAGCAACAGGACAGCGACGCCCCGCAUCAACAUGACAGCGACGACCAUCAGCAACAGAACAGCUACGACCAUCAGCAACAGAACAGCGACGACCAUCAGCAACAGAACAGCGACGACCAUCGAAAACAGAACAGCAUCGUCAGUGACGCAGUGGAAUCACCCACACACAGCAUGGCUCUACUGAACCACACCGACGAGACUAGAACCCUCUCCAAUGCAGCUGAGAAAGCCCAUCGGCCGGGGAUCAGGGUGGAUAAGUUAACCGGCUCGUGGACAAAGGAUCUAAGUAACGCUGUUCUAGAUGGCAUCAGUAUCCACGUAGAACCGGGAGAGUUGCUGGCCGUCAUAGGACCUGUUGGGUGCGGCAAGUCUUCCCUUCUGAUGGCCCUGCUGGGCGAGCUACCCACCGUAUCAGGAGUCAACGUCGUGAGCGGCCGGGUCGGCUACACGGCCCAGCAGCCCUGGAUCCUGUCCGGCACGCUGAAGGACAACAUUCUGUUUGGGCUGCCUCACGAGCCGGCAAAGUACCAGCGAGUCAUCCGACAGUGUGCGCUCAGCAGAGAUAUUGCACUGUUACCGGACGGCGACCUGACGCUGGUCGGUGAGCGCGGCGUGACCCUUAGCGGAGGUCAGAGGGCAAGGGUCAGCCUGGCCAGGGCCGUGUACAGCGACGCUGACGUGUAUCUACUGGAUGACCCUCUGAGCGCGGUAGACCCGGCAGUCGGGAGACACCUAUUCGACAGGUGUAUCCUGAGCUAUCUGAGUGAGAAGCCCAGAAUCCUCGUCACCCAUCAGCUGCAGUUCCUGGACAAAGCAGACAAGAUUCUCGUCCUCAAACAGGGUAAAGUUGCCGACUACGGCACGUACCACCAGCUGCAGAAACACGGCGUGGAUUUCGCAGCCUUGCUGAAGAAGAAAUCGAAGAAAGGCGAUUACGAUGGGGAGGGCGGUGAACCACCCACCCUGGAGCGGCAACUCUCCAUGAUGUCCAGAACCUCCGUGUGCUCCACUGCAGUGUCCGUUCCUGAAUUUGAGUUCGAGGCGCCAGUGAACAUUGUUCCGGAGGAGACCGCCGUCGGAACCGUGGGUAUCGGCGUCUACCUGAGAUACUUCCGGGCUGGCGCCAGUCUGCUGCUCCUCCUCUUCUGGUUACUUAUGGUGUUUGGAGCACAGGCUGUCUUCUCCCUGAGUGACUGGUGGCUAUCACAGUGGGCCUAUUCCGAAGAGCAGGACCUAGCAGCGCAGAAUCUAACCAGUCAGGAUGGUGAGUAUUUCGUCCAGUACGAUAAACGCACCUACUUCAUCCAGCCCUACGCCAUCAUGUGCUGCGUGACCAUCGUGGCCUGCUUCGUCCGGAGCUUCCUCUUCUUUCACAUCUUUGUCACGGCCGCCAGAAACCUCCACAACCAGAUGUUCAGUGCCAUCAUCCGAGCCCCCAUGAAGUUCUUUGACGACAAUCCUGUCGGUCGUGUGCUGAAUCGUUUUGCCAAAGAUAUCGGUUUCAUGGACGAACUCUUGCCAUCCACAUUUACCGACUUCCUGCAGAUCAUGGUCCUGACCCUUGCCACGGUGAUUGUGAUCACGGUCUUCAAUCCUCUCUGUCUCACGUUCACUCUGCCUAUUGUGAUUGUCUUCAUUUUCACCCGACGCUACUUCCUGGCGUCGUCGCGAGACGUCAAAAGGCUGGAGGCAAACGCCCGGAGUCCCGUCUUCUCCCACCUGUCAGCCACACUGACGGGUCUGAGUACGGUCCGGGCGUUCAAGGCCCAGCAGCGAUUCAUCGAAGAGUUUGACGAGUUUCAAGACAAGCACACCAGGGCGUGGUUUCUGUUCCUGGCCACGACGCGGUGGUUCGGGGUGCAGCUGGACUCGUUCAGCGUGCUGUUUGUCGGUGGGGUCAGCUUCACGAGCGUCUUGGCAGUAAAUUUUCUUGAGCUCAACUCGGGCAUCGUGGGCCUUUCCCUUACCUAUGCCAUCAACCUGAUGGGGGCGUUCCAGUGGGGUGUCAGGCAGAGUGCGGAAGUCGAAAACCAGAUGACUUCAGUGGAGCGGGUCGGCCAGUACGUGGACAUCAAAUCAGAAGCGGCCUUGGAAACGGACUACAAGCCGCCCCCCGACUGGCCCAAGUAUGGCCUCAUCACCUUCGAGGGCAUGUCUCUCAGUUACACCGACGACGGACCGCUUGUCCUCAAGAAGAUCAACUGCUGCUUCCGGCCAAAAGAAAAGGUGGGCAUUGUGGGCAGGACGGGGGCCGGUAAGAGCUCCCUAAUGACAGUCUUAAUGAGACUGGCUGAACCCACAGGUACCAUCAUGAUAGACGGUAUCGACACAGCCCUGAUAGGACUGCACGACCUCCGCAAGAAAGUCUCAUUCAUCCCACAGGACCCAGUUUUGUUCAGCGGGACGCUACGCAGGAACCUGGAUCCUUUUGAAAACCACGAAGACCCCGACAUAUGGAGGGCUCUAGAAGAGGUGGAGUUGAAGCCAGUGGUCGAGGAGUUACCAGAUAAGUUGGAGGCCAUCUUGACAGAGGGAGGCACCAAUUUCAGCGUGGGUCAGAGGCAGCUACUGUGCCUGGCUAGGGCUAUCCUACGCAAGAACAAGAUCCUCAUAGUGGACGAAGCCACAGCCAACGUGGACAUCAGAACUGACCGUUUGAUUCAGGCGACCAUCAGACAGCGGUUCAAGCACUGCACGGUCCUGACCAUAGCUCAUCGUCUCAACACAAUCAUGGACUCCGACCGUGUCUUGGUGCUUGACGCUGGUCGUUUGAUCGAGUUUGACGAGCCGUACAUUCUGCUCCAGAAGGAAGAUGGCAUCUUUAUGAACAUGGUGCAAGAGACCGGCAAGGCGGAGACGGCUAAGCUCCUGGAGGUCGCCAGGGACAAAUACCUGGAGAACAACCCCACCGACCCGUACGGCUUCCUGGGCCCGAAGAAGAACCACUCGGACCUAACUUGCAUCUCGCCCAGGAGCAGAAAGGCUAUCAGUAUAGAAACCUCCCUGUGAAAUUAAGAUAGCAAUAUAUUUGCAGCACGGUUUUUCAAAGCGUUCUACCGAAGAAGAAUUCAGAGGCAUUUUCGAAACCGCGGCUUUGUAUCAGUUGCGUGGUUGUAGUUGCUUCAUAUGGUAGACCGAGUCUCUGUAUUGAAACUGUGUUGUGCUACUGCGUUUGAAUGCCCGUUCCAAUGGUCUCCCCCCGCAUUGGAUAGCAAACUGUAACGUGUGGACCUCUUCUGACAAUAGAGGGCGCUCCUUUUUUUACCAAAGCCGUAGGGUUAAGGGAAUUAUGGAAAGUACAAUGGAGUAAAUAGUCAUCUACAUCCCUGUUUUGUUUAAGUACUGAAAAACAUACUUUAACCACUUCGCGCUGGAUUGAUUUUUGUUGAAAAUUUUGAUUUUUUGCAAAAAGGCACAAUUUUCCAGCCAACUUCUGAUAUACAGCCAGACGCCACAAAAUACAGAUUCGCAAGAGUCGUUUCAGCGGUAUUUGUACGAUAUUUCUUUUCGAAACCUUGUAUGUUUCAAUACUCCGGGUGUGCACUGGAGCGUAAAUUGUACAACAAUAGGCUGUGCACAACGGCCAGUUCAAGAUCGACACAUGGUCCACCUCCACGCACUUUCUCUGUGUGUACAAAAGACACGAGGGAUUAGCUGCUAAGCAAACUGAAAUUUCUGUUCGGUCAAAAGACGCUGGAAUAAACCUGUGCAGCUGGCAAUCAGUAUUGUUUUUGUAUCAAGUGUGCUCUUGUGCCUACAUGUAUGUAUCUUUUGAAAAAAUCUCUUUAAGUAUUUUUGAAAUGAGUUACGAAAUUAUGCAAAGAUGAUUAGGUAUUGUAAGCAAAAAAGGACACAAAUCAAAGAAUUUUGUCAUUAAAACAAAUUAAUGUUAGUUUUCCUUGGAGAAAUGCGAUAACCGAUUUUGCGUGUAUGAAAAAGAAAAAAAAAAUUAACAUGAUUUUUGUGCCUUAACAUAUGAUUGAAAUCUCAACACACCAACAAAUGAAAAAAAAAUGAUGUACAUAUACAACUCUUGAAAUGUAUUUUAAAAAGCCAUUAUAUAUGUCAUUAGGUAUGACUUUCAGUAACCCAGCGUGUAAAAGGUUUGCAAUAAUAUUUAUUGGUUUUUGUUUUAAUACUCAUUGAAAGGCUGUUUAAUUUUGCCAGUUGAAAGUAUUUACUUGCACUUCAGAUAGAGAGCUACAUUAUAGUCAGGCAUGAAACUGGGAAGUCACAAAAAAAGAGGAAAUUCAAAUAUUUCCAAGACUUUGUACAGUGUUUUUCUAUUUUCAGUGACACCCAUUGGAGGUCAAAAAAGAGGAAAUCAGCUGAUCCGAGGAAAAGUUGCAUGUCUGUAUAGUAUAUAAUAUAGUUCACUUCACGUCAUGCAUGUACUUGAACUCAGUAUUACAUUUAAACUCGUUGACAAACUUGUAAUUUUAAACCAGGACCAUCUCUACAGUAUAUUGAAAUAAUACUUGCUUUUGUUUGUUUUUUGAUAACUUGGUUCGAAUUUAAAUUAAUAGAUGGAUGGGGACAUUAGUUUAUUGAUCAGACUUGCCAUUUUAUGCUUUUUGUUUUGAACACGCAUCCUGAGAGAUACUUUCCUCGGUUCAUUAUGGGUACGUGUAGUUUCAUUGCGGUACCCGCUGCUACAUCAGAUUCGAAACCAGCCAACCGAUCCCGGUUAGCUAGGUGUUCGAGUGGUAAAAUGUCUGCACUUGAAAGCAGCAGGUCAGGGGUUCAAGUCUCACCCGAGUGAUUUGUUUUAACACACCGAGUAUACAUUGUUUUUAUGCGGUGAAGGGCAAAACCUAAUAAUGCAUUCACAUCACCCCGAUGCAAAUUCCAUCUUAUGACUAGAACAAAUCAGACUUAGUGCAUGAUACCAUGCUUACAAAGUUGUUUAAAUAGGGCCAAAAAAGUAUGGAAAUGUCCCAAUUUGAUAUUUUUUUGUAACAAAAACAUGCCAUGGUUUUGUGAUUGUGUAAUAUUUAGAUGUAAAUAUAUGCCAGUCAAUAUUAACUUGACAAACAUUCCUUUAUGGUGCAGCUUAUAGUAUAAUUCUGUUGUUUUCUUUAUGAAAAAGGUAUGAAAUGUUUAAUAUUUGUUUGUUCAGUGCAUCUAUCAUACUAGUAAAAAAAUAAAUGGGAAAAAAACGAUAGAUAA